AAGGAACCUGAAUGUGUUUUUCCGCGCGUUUAGAAUGGUUCAAUCUGUAAUUUUUGAGAAAAUAAGAGAUGUCUAAAUAUUCACCAGAAGAUCAGCCCUUCACCGGCACCUGGGAGAACAUAGAGAUCGAUCCGGAUGAAGAUGUUUCUGAAGAACUGGAGGGCUCACUCUGGAGUCGCCGUUCAAAAUCAGAAUAUCCACAGGACGAUGGUCAAACAAAUAGAUUCCGUUAUGUGGACCAGUCAGAAAUCCCAAAUGAAAUCUCUCAUCAGCAGCGAAAGCGAAAGAGAUCAGAGGAUCUGAGCGGGAUGGCUCCAAAAUCUUCAAAACAGACACCUCCGUCAAAUUCGUAUUGGAAGUACAAUGAGUUGCUACGGGACAACCUGACGAUGGCUCUGGUGGACGAGCUCCACAAAGACGGUAACCUGCUCCGCGAAACAUGGCCUGAGAUCGAGACCAGGCUGGCGAAUAUGGUAACCGAUAGACUUCUGUCCGUGCCACAAGGUCCCAACCCCUUCUUUGACUCGUCGCUCGUUAUCCGGGGCCAUCGGGUGAUCAGGUGCGUCGAUGGCUUUUCAAAGAUCUUCCUGGAGGAUUGCGUGGCCACCAUUGGUGACGCAUGGCACGGCCUGCGCAUCAAACUUGUCCACGCCAGUCAGAUUCCUUGCCAAGGGGACGAGGCAGCUGGGCAAGCACACCAGGGCACUGAGGAAAACGGAGGAGAACUCGUUCGGCUGGAUAUUACCUCGGGGAGCACAAUUGUCCCACACUGCGACUCGGAAGAUCCAGGAACGGCAGCUGAAUAAGCGGAGAGGCAAAUCCUCGACAUUUCUGCUUGAAGAUGGGUCGAAAACAUGGAGAGUAAGGCUAGGCCGUGGCUUUCGAGUAUGCAUCACGGAGCACUCUCCUCCCGCGGAGGAGAUGAACCAGUCAGAGGAGGAUCAGGAGCUCACAGAGGUGAUUAACCAUGCAGACAAUUUAAGGGGAACGGAACUGAUUUCCCCAUUGGAACUAGCGGAGUUAAUGGAUGAGAUAGAGCUGGUAUUGGCAACGGAGGAGUCAAUUGUCCGACCUAUUGACAUAGAGCAAGCUCUGCAGACGGAAGAGAUGGAGCAAGAGGUGAGAGCAGUGGAAUUGGAACAGGAGGUGGAGAACUCGUUUGGCUGGAUAGUCCCACUGGGAGCAGAGCUUCCUGAGACUGUAAUCCUGCAAAUCCAAAACCGACUGCUAAAAAAGCCGCAUGGAAAACGGUACCGAUGCCGUCUUGACGAUGAGUCAAAAACCUGGAAUGUGACCUUUGGCAGAGGAAAUCGAGUUCGCGUUAGACAAUACGAAUGGAAUGUUACGGAGCAGGCAAAAAAUACAGACCAAAAUAAAAACAAGGCGCAGUACAAUCCUGUCGUGGAGGAGCUGGAUUUAAUAGAGGACAUGACCCAGACAGAUGAGAAGAAAAUGACGGAACAGAUGGCUCAAGAGGUGAAAGCCGAGCAAACAGAAGAGAUAGAGCAGACAGAGGUAGCUGUGAAGUCGGAGCAGGCGGUGAUUAUCCCGUCCGACUGGAUAGUUCCUUUGGGAGCUGAACUUUCUGAGACUGCGAUCCUGCACAUCCAAAACCUACUGCUAAAGAAGGCGGUUGGAAAACGGUUUCGAUUCACACUUGACGAUAGUUCAAAAACCUGGAGAGUGAUCAUUGGCAGCAGUAAUAACGUAAGGAUCAGACCACACAUUCGAUUAGGCAAGGAAAAGGAGCAAAAUAAGGAUACGGAGCAGAGGAAAGAUGGGGAUCCGACGAAAGAUGAGGCGCAGUGCAAUCUUGCCGCAGAAAAGAUGGACAAGUCAGAGGACAUAAGCCAGACAAAUGAGCAAAUGGAGCUGAUUAAGCAGGCGGAGGAAACUGUGAAGUCGGAGCAGGCAGUGAAUAUCCCGUCCGACUGGACAGUUCCAUUGGGAGCUGAACUUUCUGAGACUGCGAUCCUGCAAAUCCAAAACCGACUGCUAAAAAAGGCGCAUGGAAAACGGUGCCGAUUCACGCUUGACGAUGGUUCAAAGGCCUGGAGAGUGAGCAUUGGCCACAGUAAUCACGUAGGCCUCAGACAAAAGGAGCAAAAUAAGAAUACGGAGAAGGGGAAAGACAAGGCGCAGUACAAUCCUGGCGCGGAGGAGACUAACCAGGCGGAGCAGCCAAACCAGGCAGAGGCGUUGAACCAGACAGAUGAGAUAGACGAGUCGGAACAGUUGACCAAGAUAGUGAAGGUGGACCUGAAGGAUGAGAUAGCGCUGUCGGUGCGAAACUCGUUCGGCUGGAUACUACCUCUGGGAGCUAAAUUGUCUGACGCAACGAUUGCGGAGAUCCAGGGCCGAGUGCUGAUAGGCGAACCCCGAUGGUUUCUGCAUAGAGAUGGGUCGAAAACCUGGAGAAUCACCGUGGGCCCUGACCAUCGAAUACGCAUCAUCGAGCACACUCCUCCACAGACGGAUGUGAUGAACCUAUCAAAAGAGGAACAGGAGCAGACAGAGGAGAUAAACCACCAGAAAGACGAGGCGGUUAAGUCGGUACAGAUUGCCCAGUCAGAGAAGGAGAUGGAGCAGACGGUGGCAACGCUCGGCGGAGGCAACCGAGUAAGCAUCGAGCACUACCAUCGUCCAGUUGAGGAAAUGGAGCAAAAUAAGGAUACGGACCAGACGAAAAAAUUAUGGGAAUCGACCAGAAGGAUGAUGUAAAUCAAAGGAAAGAAAUGGAGAAAGCUGAAGAUAAGGAGCAGAUGCCGAAAAUGGAGCAGAGGGUGAAUAAUGAGCUGACCGAAGUGAUGGAGCUGCCGAAUAAUUUGAAGCAUCCGGUGGA